AUGUCGGGAACUCUCAGUGAUCUCUGGCGAAGGUUAGGUAACAAGAGGAGGAGAGCAUCGGUAUCGGCCAAUCCGCCGAACAGGCCACCGGGAGCGGCUCGGGCCGAGCCGGAGGAACUGACACGCGCAGCUAACAAGCUGGUCUUCUUGGACCCUUUGGCGAAGGAGUUUGACUUGGAGGACUUGUUGAGGGGCAGUGCUGAGGUUUUGGGUAAAGGGACCAUGGGGACGUCUUACAAGGCGGUCCUGGAGGACGGGACGACUGUGGUUGUGAAGAGGCUGAGGGAUGUGGCCUUACCCGUGGGCGAAUUCAGGAAGACGAUGAUUGCGUUGGGAGCGAUGCGACACGAGAAUCUACUCCCGCUGAUGGCUUACUACUACAGUAGAGACGAGAAAAUCCUGGUAUUUGAUUACGUGCCCCUGGGAAGCUUGUUUGGACUUUUACAUGGAGGCGUAGGGUCGGAAAAGACCAGGCUAAGCUGGGAAAUCAGGCACGGCAUCGCUCUUGGAGCCGCCCGGGCCAUAGAGUACUUGCACGCUCAAGGUCCCAAUGUCUUCCAUGGAAAAAUCAAGUCAACCAAUGUCCUCCUCACGGCAUCCUAUGAUCCGCUAGUUUCCGAUUAUGGCCUGACCAGCAUCCAGGCGCCUCCAGUAGGCGCAUUGAAGGCCGCUGACCCCCAGAAGGACGAUGUCUACAGCUUUGGGGUGUUGCUUGUGGAGCUUCUAACUGGGAAACCUGAUGGGGCUGAUCUUGCUUGUUUGGUUAAGCCCACAACUAGAAGGCACUGGACUGUUUAUGAUUUCGAUCCUGAGCUGGGAGAAUACCAGAAUUUUCAGGAUGAGUUAGUGGGACUGAUGCAGGUGGCCAUGGCUUGUGCAUCCAACCUCCAUCAGAGGCGGCCUUCCAUGUCGGAAGUACGGAGGAUGAUUGAAGACCGGCAGUCACAGCCACUGCCUGAACAGGUCAUCGAAGUGAACAAUGAUUUGUCUGAGAGGACACGGAACCCGCCCAAUGGAGGGGUGAUGGAAGUUGCUGACAGAGUCUAUGGAGCACUGGAGUACUUCAACAAUAGGGGGACUUGUGGAAAACCAAGUCCUGAAGAGAAUGUAGUUGCAGAACUGACAGUAUAG